AUGGCGACAAAGGGCCUGUACCAUAAUAGUGAAAAUUCAAUGCGUACAGUUCCUGCAUCAAUUACCCUGUCUGCUGAGCAGUUCGAGAGACUAUACCUGACACAAAUGAAGCGCCACCAACCUCCCCUGGCUAAGCAGAUGAGAGAUCCGACACCUUUGGGGCUUCGUUAUCACAACCACGCCCCUCUCAUUCUGCCUCAUGGGCUGGAGGGGUGCGAGCGGAGGCGGUAUUGCAUUCACUAUCUAGUUGGAGAUUUAUUUUCCUGUGUUACGUUUGGUACUCUUGGCGGGUAUUGGUUUGGAACCGCCGCUUCAAUGAUGCCUUCUUUCAAUGCAGCCGGUCAGUUUAAUCUUUAUAUUCUUACAAUGAUCUAUACCCGUGUAUAUUACCGCCUUUCACAAUACAUACGGUACGUUGAAUUAUAUUUUGGAAUAUUUCAUUUAACUUUUCUGACACGCACCUGGGUAACAUUUUUGUAUUUGACCAUGACAAUCAUGAUACUGAUUUUCAUGAUCUGCGCGACAAGAGUCCACGUCGUCUACUUCCUUAUCUAUCUAUAUCUGUCCCUAGUAUACAUCAUGUUAACAGCAGGCUACUGGCUUCUGGGUGAAGGGAAUACAACCAGCGGAAACAGAUUUGUCGUGGGUGCUGGGGGUGUACUUUUUGUUUCCAGUCUACUCGGCUUCUACCUGCUGGUUGUUCAUCUCUUCGCAGCCGUAGAAUUUCCAUUUACUCUCCCUGUUGGAGACCUUCUUCACUCUUGA